ACAGCCAGCAGUCGAGUUUGAAGAGCCUGGAUUUUGGCGCAGAAUGCUGAGAAAAGUUCUCAACGACUGGAAGUUGGCUUAAGAGUUUGCGGUUGUUUCCGGUUGACGCGCCUGAAUGGAAUUUGACAAUAGCAUAAUGUUUGGAAGCAGAAGUCGAAUGCCCGGUGGCAUCGACAGGAUGUACUACAUAGCUCCGCAGCAGCCGUUGCUGAGGAACGAGGAGGAGGAUGACUACCAGGAGGGAUCCCUCCUCCUGCCGGACUCCGCUUCACUACUUUACAAUGUCACCAAGGCAUUGCAGACGGGAGAAGAGGAUUCUGCAGUCUAUGGAUAUGGAUCGUCUACGACCCCCAGUGAUUUGCAGUACGAGACAUUCAAUAUCACCUUGAUGAUGAACUUUAGCUGCGAUGGCGAUGACAUUCAGUCGGAGGACCUGUGGUCCAGUGUCUACUUUAAGAGCCUCGUCUACAUGCUGUACAUUCCCAUCUUUUUCUUCGCCCUGAUCGGCAAUGGAACUGUCUGCUACAUAGUUCAAUCCACGCCACGCAUGCGCACGGUCACCAAUUACUUUAUAGCCAGCUUGGCCUUGGGCGACAUCCUGAUGUCCUUGUUUUGUGUGCCCUCGUCCUUCAUCUCGCUGUUUAUCCUCAACUACUGGCCCUUUGGCGUCGUUCUCUGCCAUUUUGUGAACUACUCGCAGGCGGUCUCUGUCCUGGUCACCGCCUACACUUUGGUGGCCAUUAGCAUAGACCGGUAUAUAGCCAUCAUGUGGCCCCUGAGGCCCCGCAUCACAAAACGCUAUGCCACCCUCAUCAUCAGCGGCGUUUGGUUUGUUGCACUUGCCACUGCCUUUCCCAUACCCCUCGUUUCCGGCCUCGAUCUCCCCAGGUCGCCCUGGCACGAGAAAUGUGAGAAAUACAUUUGCCGCGAGAUGUGGCCAUCGCGGACGCAGGAGUACUACUACACACUGUCCCUGUUUGCCCUGCAGUUCGUCGUGCCGCUGGCAGUGCUCGUUUUCACCUACACCAGGAUCGCCAUCCGCGUCUGGGGGAAGCGGCCGCCCGGCGAGGCGGAGAACGCCCGCGACCAGCGGAUGGCACGCUCCAAACGCAAGAUGAUUAAGAUGAUGCUUACGGUUGUGAUUGUGUUUACCAGCUGCUGGCUGCCCUUCAAUAUUUUGCAGCUUUUGCUGAACGACGAGGAAUUCGCCCAUUGGGUGCCACUGCCGUACGUGUGGUUCGCGUUCCACUGGCUGGCCAUGUCGCACAGCUGCUACAACCCGAUCAUCUACUGCUACAUGAACGCCCGCUUCAGGGGCGGAUUCCUGCAGAUAAUGCACCGUGUGCCGGGCCUGCGUCGCUGCUGCUGCCUGAACCGCUAUUUGCGCAGCGGCGGCGAACGCAGCUACGAAGCUACCGGUGAGAUGCCUAACAUCAAGUACCAUCGCCAAGUCGGCGAUGCCCUAGUCAGGAAACCUAAGAUACGCAUUAGGAACGGCCACAGCAUUCCACCUCAAUCGUAUGAACACGUCCACCACGUACAUAAGCACCCGUCGAAAGCCACGAGCGAAUUCUAUGCAAGUGAACCAAUUUUCAUGUGCCGAGACGUCAGCGUUGCGGUAGCUGCCUCGGCAAAAAGUGAAUCACCUGUCCGGCGAGCGGGAAGCUCAGGUGAAAUUAAUGCGAACGGAAAGUGCACUGAGUUCUGAGUGCAAUAACAACAAAAACAGAAUCAACCAAAGAUCGAAUCUCCCACA